AUGUUAGUUCAAAAUCUCCUUUUAUUCUUUAUUUCAUAUCCGUCAAUAGCGGAAAUGGCCAAUCACUAUGAUAAUCAACAACGUCGUCACACGUUUGCUUCGUCAGCAUUAGAAUUCACAGCUAAUGCUGAUUAUAGUAAACUUUACCAACGUUCAUUGAAUAUUAACAAUGCACGUGUCAUUAGUAUUGAACCACAAGAUAAACUUUGGUUUGCUAUUGAGAAUGGAACUAUAUUUGCUUUGCCAUUGUAUGGAGAUUAUUCAGGUCCAUUUUUAAUUCAAUUUCAACAAAAUAAUACUUAUUCAAAUUCAGAUCUUAACAAUUUGAUUGAAUUAAAAUUAAAUUUUAAUUUUACUACAUCAUCAUCUUUAUUCUAUCCAUCGAAUCAUCUUCUUCUUGCUCUGUUCGAUUUAUCAUCUACAACUUAUAAUAAUUCAUUAUUAAAUCGUUAUUUUGUUAUUCGAACAUUAUCAUUGGCACUUAAUUUAAGUGAAUCAUUAAUAACCGUACAUAAAAUAAAUGGCUCGAUGAUAAAAGUUUAUUUUUCAUGCGAUUUAUAUUUCUCAACAAAUAUAACAUAUCACUUAAAAACCCUCAUUGAUCGUUAUUAUUCAAGGCGUUUAGAAUUGCUACCAUUUUUUUCUCUACCAUUAAUUGAAAUAUCUAUUAUACGAUUUUACAAACCAACUAACAUUACUACUACUACCACUACCAUUACGACAACAACAACAAUACCCACAACGACAACGACGAUAAUAACAACAACAGCAACUACUACUACUACUACUAUUACUACUACUACAACAACAACAUCAAUAAUCAUAAAUCCAAUGAUUGAAAUGAAAAGAGUUGAAGUAACCAUAAGACCAAGAUUACUAGAUGAUAAUUCAAUAAAUAAUAAUCGAACAGUAACAUCACCUAAUAAUCUUAUACUUCUUAAACAAUUCUAUCAACCUCUUGUUAUUGUACCAUUAUCAAUAAUUGCUGUUGGUCUAUUUAUUUGUGCUAUCAUUGCAUGUUGUCUCUGUUGUCAUCGUCGUUCAACGUCGUCAUCAACGUUACUUUUACCAAGUGGACCAUCUGGUAGUCCCAAUAAUAAACAUUUAUAUCAAAGUUAUACAUAUCGAAAACACAGACAACACUAUGAUGUAAAUAAAAAGAAAUAUAAAUAUUACGAUCAAAAACAAUUUAUUUCAAAAGGGAUUCCUGUUGUAUUUGCCGAAGAACUUGAAGAAAAAAUUGAACAAACACAUACACCAUUGGUAAUGCGUAUUGAAAAAGCAUCAAUUAAUAAUAAAGAAGAACAAAAUGAAUUAGAAAAAUCUUAA